AUGCCUCGCUCUCCCCCCCGUCCGAAUUUGAACGGAUUCGGCCUUAUUCAGGCCAAUGUGAACCACUCUCCACGUGCUCAAGAUUUGCUCCAGCAGAGCAUGGUGGAGAGUGGUUUCACGCUGGCGAUCGUGGCCGAGCCCCACCGCCCCCCCAGGAACAGACCGUAUUGGGCUGUUGAUAAUGGGGUGGCGGGGGACUCGGUCGCGAUUCGAUGGCGGUCGGUGCCGGGAGGACCCGACACGGCCGCCAUCGAACGAGGUGAGCGGCAUGUGGCCGUUCAAUGGGGGCCCAUCGCGGUCGUUGGGGUCUAUUUAAGGCCCUCCAGGUACCUCCCCUCCUUUAAGGGCUGGCUCUCGGAUAUCGGGCAAACGCUCGUACGCCUAAGUCCAAGGCCGGUCCUCGUGGCCGGGGACUUCAACGCGUGGCACACGAGUUGGGGUUCCCGGCACGACAAUGAGAGGGGUAGGGCCCUGGAUGAGUGGGCGGCGACGCACGAUCUGGUCCUGGUCAACGAGGGCCGGACCUCCACCUGCGUGCGGACACAGGGGGAGUCCAUCGUGGAUCUCACGUGGGCUACCCCCUCGACCGCGAGCCUUAUUACAGGGUGGAGGGUGGAGGAGGGCACCGAGACUCUGUCUGACCACCGUUACAUAACGGUGGAGCUCGGUGCCCUCUCCUCCGUGCGUCGCCAGGAGACGCGACCGCGAUGGGCCCUUCGCAAACUCUGCGAGGACGCCCUGAUGGCCUCGUUAGAGGCCGCCUGUUGG